UUUUGUAAACAAAAACUCAUUCAAAACCGGCUUUUCACAUUUUUUUGAACACAGAUGAAUCUUUCAAGUGUUUCAUAUAAACAACGUGUGGGAUACAAUACAACCCUGCAAAGAUCUUUGUUUGUAUUUUGACAGAUAUUUGUUUACUUGCUACCGAAGGAACAUCGUGGAAAUCUUGCUGGAUGUUAAAAUAGUUGCGGAAAGCACAAAACCCGAAAAUGGCACGUGAAAUCUUAACAUUCCAAUUGGGCAAUUAUUCCAAUUACGUCGGUACGCAUUGGUGGAACAUUCAGGAAUCAUCAUUCAAUUAUGAUCCUAACGCAGAACCAUCUGAAAUCGAUCAUUCGAUUUUGUAUCGCGAAGGUCAAACGAGACAACGGCAGGUUACUUUCACACCGCGUCUGCUGAUGGUUGAUCUGAACGGAGCACUGAAACAUGUACCACGUGCUGGGGAUUUGUACGAACAACCGAUCGAUCCGGACCAAAUGUCCACCGAUCCCGCCAUUGGAUGGGAAACUGACAAGGUAGAGGUCAUAAAAAAGGAAAACCCAACUGAGAAACAUCCUUACCAAGCAGACCUUCAGGCAGGAAGUUCUAGCAAAAGUGAAGCGACGGCUGCGGAAAAAGAUUACAAUUUUUCCAAUACGGUUGAAAAUUGGGUAGAUUUCAGCUACACCCGAUACCAUCCCCGAAGCAUAAACAUCAUCGAACGGUAUACGCAUGCUAAGGAAGAAUCCCAACUCGAUACGAUUACGAAUGGCAUGGAACUGUGGAAGGAUUACGACUUUCAGGACGAUUUUACUGACCGCGUGCGGCAGUACAUCGAAGAGUGCGACGGUUGUCAAGGAUUUCAAAUGUUGUUCGACUGCUGUGAUGGAUUUUCUGGACUUGCAAUCAAACUGUUGGAGCAUCUGCAGGAUGAGUAUGGCAAAUCAUCGCUCGUAUUCCCAGUAUUUCCGCCCAAGGCACCAAUGUUCAAAAAUGCCGAUGAAGCCAUGAGUGAUUCAAUACGUGUCGUUAAUACCGCACUCGCUUUUGCACAAUUAGCGGAACACUGUUCGCUGUUUGUGCCACUUUCAACCAUGGGUCGUUGCUGGCGUAAUGUGGGCGAGCCACGUUCGCUCCCUAACCUUGUGUACGAUCCUAUCAAUUUCUAUCAAACAUCCGCCAUUCUGGCGAGUUUCUUAGAAACCGUAACGUUGCGUUACCGAUUGAAGGGAUCGGUUACAACCGGUGCGGGUGGUUACAUUUCCGGCAUGUGCAGCGAUUUACAUGCCUACGGGCGAAAGAUGGCCGCCGCCGGCUUAGCCUUUCCAUUUCCGUUAGAUGACACGCAAGAUUUGAUAGACUGCCUUGAUCAAUUGGAUGGUAAAAGCUUGACCGUUCAGCUGUCCCCGAACGUUAACGUGCGCAAUCGUGCCGUCGUACAGUCCGUGUGUGCCCGAGGUUUACCUCAGAACCGUCUCAAGCGACCGCCAACAGCGAAAUCUGCUCAACGGCAACAGAUAAUGCCCGCGUACAGAUGCAGCAACAUAAGCGAAAUGCUACAAUUCUUCUAUUCCUGCAAUCUCGAGAUCAGCAUGACGCACGUAACUUCGAUUCAAAACCCCAUGACCGUUCGGCAACCGUUCCCGGUGGAGCUGUUCGACAAGCGGGUUGGCUACAAUGGUUUCCUCACCGACUGUCCAUUGGCGCAGGCUUCGCUGCUGUGUGUACAAAACUGUCCGGCGCUAGCUGCGAUUCAAUCGUCGUCCGAUUUAGGCGAUGGUCUUGAUGCGCUUCAUCGCGAAGUUAGUCGAAUUCGGUUACCGAAAAUACCACGUUUUGCUGAGUGUGGCUUGGAGGAGGUGGACUAUAAAGAAUCCAUCGAACGAUUGUUGGAGUUUAAGGAAAAUUACGAUGAAAACUACGAACUGUAAGCUGCAAGGGAACGUUUUAUGAUUUCUUCACUAUUACACCGCAAAGUGCUUUGAUAUGCAAAAAGAGCUCGCUGUUAGUCGCUACUACAGGACAAAUAAAAGGUUAAGAAUCGAAAAUAACUAUUCGCUUUCUUAAA